CCUUAACAAAACUCCUAACAGAGCAGUGCUUAUUUUUCAAACUUCCUUAUACUGUUGUUGGCAACCCAUGCAUGCACUGCUUUAGAAGUUUAUUAACCACAGAUAAUGGAGCCAAUGAAUUCACCUGAAACUGCAGACAUUCCGUCAGAGCCCGCUGUUUUCCUACCUGCCUCUAUUUAUGUUCCUCCCAUACUGAGAGAGGGUGAGUGUUACCAUGUCUUCAUCAGCUACAGCAGCACUGACUACCAGUGGACCCACUCCGUCAUCAACCAGCUGGAGUCCUGCGGCCUGCAGGUCUGCUACCAUGAGCGGGACUUCACUCCCGGGCGCACCGUGUUGGAAAACAUGUCAGACUGCAUCCAGGAGAGCCAGAAGGUGCUGCUGGUUCUCAGCCCAGAGUUUGUGCGGAGCCGCUGGUGCCUCCUGGAGGCCAACAUGUCUUUGUUCAGAGACUGCUUGGAGAGGAAACCCAUUGUCCCAGUGCUGCUGGAACCAGGAGUCUCUGUUCCUCUCCACCUCUGCCACCUCACCUACCUGGAGGCCAAUGACACUGACUUUGAGAGUAAGCUGCUAAAGGUACUCUGCACCGCCAACCAGCAGCUUCAAGGGUCUACUGUGGUGCCAUACCAGCCUCCCUCUAUCUACAACGGGAAGGCCCUGCAGCCUUUGAUUGCCGUCAACGAGGAGGGACUCAGUAAAUGGGAUGGUGGUCAAUUCAGUGACAUGGAGGUGCCGGACCAACUGCGCCUGAUCAUCAAGGACCAUGACAAGUACAGAAUGGCUGUGAGCAUGAUCAAUAGUAUCUCCCAAAAUAAAGUGUGGUUGCGGCAACUUUGGCUCAGAGUACUGAUCUACAUUGCAGGUUUUAUAUUUGGUUUAUCCUUGUUAGCAUGCGUUUUAUUUUCAACAAUUGUAUUUGUAAGUACAAUCAAUCCGUAUAGUCAUUUGACCAAAAAGACAAACUCAGUAUGGCCCCUCACUAUUUCUAGUUUCUGCAUGGUUCCAUUGGGGUUUAUUAUUCAGAUGUGUCUCUGGAAAAAAGAUGAUGAGAAAUACAUAGUGAGGGAAAUGCAGAAAGCUAUUGGCCAGGCAAACACAUUCCUCUGUGAGGACAAGGUGUUAAUGGGCUGUCGGUCCAAUUCAAAAUUUGGGUAUGUUUUCUGGCGGUUGCAAACAUGAGUUUGCAGAAACAUUUUGAGUGGGGUUGUGCUGAGGAUAGUUUCAAAGAGCUCUGACCUUCUUCUCAUAGGUUACGCCUGCUGCCUUGCUAAGAGACACUUUCCCUUUCCCCAACUGGCUCCACCUGGUCACUGGUGGGGUGUGUUUCUGUCAGUACGUCUCUCAGCAGCUGAGUACAGACCAAUGGGAAUAACAUAACUAUAUGGGCCUGCAUCAUUUUUCUUGGAUUCAUUUUUCGUUUUGUUGUAACUUUGAUGUACAUUUUUGGCUGUUCUUUUGACGUAUUGGGAGUAUGAAUGUUAUGGAUGUACGUAUUCCAGUUUAUUUAAUAUUUUUAUGGAAUUAUAAACGCCAUGAAGAGUAGCUUCUGUUUAAGACAGGCAGAAGCUAAUAGGGAUCUCAGUAAACAAACAAAGAAACAAUAUUAUAUAAAGAUUACCAAGCAAACAAUUCCUUGUUCAUGGCAUAUCAUUUUCCAUAUACAUUUCUCUACAUCAAGUAGAGAUGCAAAACAGACAGGGGAGAGAUUAAUUAGCAGUUUCCUAUUUUAUAUAAUCAUACUUGAAUAGCUAGUGUGAACCUGUUUUUGUGUUUGAUCAUUUUCGUGCUGUUUCUAUUGCUAGUAAAAUCAAAUCAAUAAA